UCCUUCUCGAUCUAUCAUUUAGGUCAUCAGCAAGCCUCCACUGUCUUUCAGUGACACAGCGGCAGACCGUUGCUGCGUUACUCUGCGAAGCCAACCAUAUAUGCCCUUUUGACACAGACCCUUCACUGGCAUACGUCACGAGAGAACAAAAAGAGUUCACACCUCGCGAGCACACUCCCGCACAUCCGAGCGGCAAGCGCUGCGAGUGAUUGAGUCCUGAGCUGUCGUCACUACACCCAAAGCAUCUUCUUCCGCAACUCCUGACGCCGCGGUGACCCUAAGUGUGUAAGUCGUACCACGCGCGCGCCUGCAGUAGCCAUCAUUCCAUCAUUGCAAGCGAAACACCCGUGGCUGCACUCCCUGUGCGCAUACCCACCAUGUCUACACCUCAACACGCCGGCGCAAACACUGGCGUCUCGGACUUUGCGCAGGCCAACCCUACCAUCUCCUCACCCCUGGCGCAGUCUGCAGGACAGCAAAGUGCGUUCCACGAAGACCUCGACUCGAGCCAGCGCGGCGACUCUUCCAUCCAAGGCACAGACGAUGGCAAUGCCGGAGUGGGUCGAUCGGCUUCGACUGCGACUACGGCUGUAUCGCCUCAGGCGCCGGCACGGAGCAAUACGCUGAAGAAGAAGGCCAGUAUACGUCGCACAGGCAGCCUGAAGCGGAGUGGAAGCCGCCGCAGUCUGGCCGCCGGCAGCGUCAAGAGCGUGGGUGGAGUGGAAACGGGGAGCGAUGAUUUCAACAGCGUUCUCUACACGCCCAUCCCCACGCAAGGCACGCCGACGGAGGUCUUGGCCAACCGCUUCCAGGCGUGGCGACAGUUGCUCAAGUCGUUGAUUACCUACUUCCGCGAGAUUGAGGACUCCUACGACACCCGCGCGAAAGCGAUACGCAAGGUGCAGAACACGAUCGCCAACAUCGCACAGCCGUCGAUCUUCAUCAGUGAGCACGGCUUGGGCGAUGCCACGCGCAUGCUGGACGAUUACCACAAACGCUCCAUCGCCGAAGCGAACAAGUCGCGCGACAUUGAGAACGACGUUAUUGGUGCGCUUACUGGUCUGCGUGCCGAUCUGGGACAGAAGAUCAAGGAAAUCAAGAGUUUGAGCGGCGACUUCAAGAACAGCGUCGACAGGGAGAAGGAAGGCACGAAGCGCGAGAUUGAGAAAUUGCAGGCAGCUUUGCAGCAUGCGGAUCACGAGGAUGGUGGUGCCACCGGCAAGAACGAUCCGUUUGUCGUACGCCUUGGCGUCGACAGGAUGGUCGAAAGGCAGAUCGACGAGGAGAACUACCUGCAUCGGGCAUACCUCAAUCUGGAAAGCUCCGGCCGUGAGCUCGAGUCCAUCGUCGUCGGCGAGAUUCAGAAAGCUUACAAUGCUCUCGCCGGCAUCCUCAAGCGCGAAGCGGACGACGCCUACAACGUCGUCGAGCACCUUCGCAGCGGACCGAUAGCGAUGCCCAAGGACCGUGAGUGGCUGCAGUUCGUCAUCCACGACCCGCACUUCGUCGACCCCAACGUGCCGCUCCGCCGUAUCGAAGACAUCACAUACCCCGGCAAGCAUCACCCCGCAGCAGCCGAGGUGCGUGCCGGCAUGCUCGAGCGCAAGAGCAAGUAUCUCAAGUCCUACACGCCAGGCUGGUACGUCUUGUCGCCCACCCACCUCCACGAAUUCAAGUCGGCGGACAAAAUCUACACUCAGCCGCCCGUCAUGUCCCUCUACCUCGCGGAGCAGAAGCUCGGCUCUCGCUCCGAAGAAGGCUCGUCCAGCAACAAAUUCAUGCUCAAGGGCCGUAAGUCCGGCGGCGGCGUCCACCAAGGCCACAACUGGGUCUUCCGCGCCGAAUCCCACGACACCAUGCUCGCGUGGUAUGAGGAUAUUCGCAACCUGACCGAAAGCACGGGCGAAGCGCGGAACGCAUACGUUCGCAAGCAUGCGCGAAGCAUCUCGGGAGUCAGCGAGCGCGGGACCGUGAGUAGCGACGGUUUCGAGGACGAUGAAGCGGAUGCAGAGCCCUACCGCGCCGAUGUUGCCAGCUUGGCGGAGCAUAACCCGCCGCCGACGGAGGAGAAGCAGCUACGACCGCAGCCAGGCGGACGAUUCCCGUCUGAUCUCCAGGUGCCAAGGAGAGAAGCAGCCUUGAGUCAUUCGAGUGGAAGCUCCGAGCCGGAGAGGGAGCUUGUUGCCGCCGCGGGUGUGGUGCCCGGAUCGGUACAGCAGGACUAUGCGCCGCAUGGUGAGGAUCCGUACAGGCUUGAG